AUGGAUAUCUUUAGAAUUCUAAGUAGAGGAGCAUCGUUGAAUAAAAAUAAGAAUAAAACCACAGAUUAUGCAUUACCUCAAAACAAUAUAUCAAAAUCUCAAAAACUGAAAAAGGAUUCAAUUGUAAAUGAAGUAGAAAAAGAAACUGAUUUUUUUCAUACAAAGAAACAUCAUAAACCAAUAGAAGAACUGAAGUCAAGCAAAAGUGAAGAACAAGUAGUGGAAGAAGAAGAGGCACCACCUUUAGAAAUAAAUAAUGAAGAAGAUGCAAGGAAAUUUAGAAAUUUACAUAGAUCAAAAGUAACAGGAGAUGAUAAUCCCUUGCCAAUAGGUUCAUUUCAAGAUUUAAUAGGGAGAUUCCAGAUAGAUAAAAAAUUACUUUCAAAUUUAAUUGAUAACGAUUUUAUAGAGCCAACUCCAAUACAAUGUGAGUCAAUACCCAUAACUUUAUCAGAUAGAGAUUUAAUUGCAUGUGCCCCAACAGGUUCAGGUAAAACUUUAGCAUUUUUAAUUCCUUUAGUACAACAAUUAGUUUUAAAAAAUGUUACCAAAAAUCAUGGUAUUAGAGGAUUAAUAAUUUCACCAACCAACGAAUUAGCGGUACAAAUAUUUCAACAAUUUGAGAACCUAGUAAAAGGUAAGAAUUUGAAAAUUGCAAUUUUGUCUAAACAAUUAGCGAAUAAAUUGAAUAACGACAUUGUCAAAUCUUCAAAGUAUGAUAUAAUAGUUACUACGCCAUUACGUCUUAUAGAUUUAUUAAAAGCUGGUAAAAUAGAAUUAUCAAAAGUUGAACAAUUAAUUAUCGAUGAAGCAGAUAAAUUAUUUGAUCAUGGAUUUGCUGAACAAACUGAUGAGAUAUUAAACCAUUGUACUAAUUCCAAAAUACGAAAAUCAAUGUUUUCUGCAACUAUACCGUCAGGAGUAGAAGAAAUGGCACAUUCAAUCAUGAAAGAUCCAAUAAGAGUAAUUAUUGGUCACAAAGAAGCAGCAAGUAAUACAAUUGAUCAAAAACUAAUAUUCACAGGUAAUGAAGAAGGGAAAUUAUUAGCCAUUAGACAAAUGGUUCAAAAUGGAGAAUUUAAACCACCAAUUAUAAUUUUUUUACAAUCAAUCACAAGAGCAAAAGCAUUAUAUCAUGAAUUGAUUUAUGAUAAAAUAAAUGUUGAUGUAAUUCAUGCUGAAAGAACACCAAAACAAAGAGAUGAAGUAAUAAAAAGAUUCAAAAAUGGAGACAUUUGGGUAUUAAUAACGACUGACGUUAUAGCAAGAGGUGUUGAUUUUAAGGGUGUCAAUUUAGUCAUAAAUUAUGAUGUACCACAAAGUGCUCAAGCUUAUGUUCAUAGAAUUGGUAGAACUGGUAGAGGUGGUAGGUCAGGAAAAGCAGUUACAUUUUUUACAAAAGAAGAUGAUAAAGCUAUUAAACCAAUAAUCAAUGUUAUGAAACAAUCAGGUUGUGAAAAUGGUUUCAACGAGUGGAUGGAAAAUAUGGGUAAGUUAUCAAAAAAUGAAAAAAAAUCAAUCAAGACUCAUGAAGUUAAAAGAAAGAAAAUAAGUACUGUUCCAAAAGUUAUAAAACAAAAAAGAAAACAAAAACAAGACAUGAUUGAAGCUUCCAAAAGAAGGAAACAAGAAGAAAAUAAUGAGUAA